AUGGAGUGGUCAAGGCAGCAAAUUGUUGAUUUAAUUGCCAUGUACCAGGGGGAGGAUUGCUUAUGGAAGUUCCGGAGCAAGGAAUAUAAAAGCAAUGUUAAAAACCGCGACGCACUUCCAAAAAUUGCACCAGCUUUUGGCACGGACAAGGGAAGUGUAGAGAAAAAAAUACCAUCUCUCGUGGUUGCUUACAGGCGUGGGAAGAGAAAUAUUAUUUCCAGCAAACCAUCUGUUAGAGGUGCAGACACUUCAUAUGACUCCAACUGGUUCUGCUAUCGGCUGCUGCAGUUCUUGGACGAUGUUCAUGAGCCGAAGGAGACAACAGACACUGUGGAAAAUGAGGUACGAAAAUUAUGCUUGUUUGUCUUUAUUUUUGUAUUUUAUGUUAUACAGUCACAUUCACCCAUGGUUAUUUUGCCACGGUACAUUUCCUUGUAG